CCCAUCUGCGUCCUCUCUCGCGGCUCCCGCGUUGCAUCAUAUCCAGCCCGUAGCCGCUGUGGGAAGGUUGGGCGCGGCGCGAUCCACUCAGGCCGGGGCUCCAGCCUGCUCUCCCGCGCCUCUCCUGGCCCUUUCCACACCUGCUUCUGCACCCACGCCGGGAGCUCCCCGCGGACCGGCUCUCAGAGCCCGCGGAGCACAGCCGGCAGACGUCGCCAGCUCUGCCUGAUCCGUUCAUUGAGAGCCCGGCUUAUCCCAGAGCCAAGUCUCCCGCCUCCUCCAGCUCGGGGCUGCGAGCAGCGCCAUGGAGAAGAGUAGCGAAACUAACGGCUACCUGGACGGCGCCCAGACGGGGCCUGCAGCAGGGCUUGGCGCGCCCGGGUCCGCGGCGGGACACGCGCGGCGCUGCGCGGGCUUCCUAGGGCGGCACGCGCUGGUGCUGUUCACCGUGUCCGGAGUGGUGGCGGGCGCCGGCCUAGGCGCGGCGCUGCGCGGGCUUGGCCUCACCCGCACGCAGGUCGCCUACCUGUCCUUCCCCGGCGAGAUGCUGCUCCGCAUGCUGCGCAUGAUCAUCCUGCCGCUGGUAGUCUGCAGCCUGGUGUCGGGCGCCGCCUCCCUCGACGCCAGCUCUCUCGGGCGCCUGGGCGGCAUCGCCAUCGCCUACUUCGGCCUCACCACGCUUGGCGCCUCGGCGCUCGCUGUCGCUUUGGCGUUCAUCAUCAAGCCUGGGUCUGGCGCGCAGACCCUCCGGUCCAGCGACCUGGGGCUGGAGGAGUCGGGGUCCCCUCCGGUCCCCAAAGAGACAGUGGACUCUUUCCUCGACCUGGCCAGAAACCUGUUUCCCUCAAAUCUUGUGGUUGCCGCUUUCCGUACGUAUGCAACUGAUUAUAGAGAGGUGACCCACAACACGAGCUCUGGAAAUGUAACCCAUGAGAAGAUUCCCAUUGGCACCGAGAUCGAAGGGAUGAACAUUUUAGGAUUGGUCCUCUUUGCCCUAGUGUUAGGAGUGGCCCUAAAGAAACUCGGCUCUGAAGGAGAAGAGCUCAUCCGUUUCUUUAAUGCCUUCAAUGAGGCGACGAUGGUGCUGGUGUCGUGGAUUAUGUGGUAUGUACCCGUGGGCAUCAUGUUCCUGGUUGGAAGCAAGAUUUUGGAAAUGAAGGACAUCAUCGUGCUGGUGACCAGCCUUGGAAAAUAUAUCUUCACAUCUAUAUUGGGCCAUUUUAUUCAUGGAGGAAUUGUUCUGCCGCUUAUUUAUUUUGUUUUCACGCGAAAAAACCCAUUCAGGUUCCUCCUGGGCCUCGUCACACCAUUUGCAACAGCGUUUGCUACCUGCUCUAGCUCAGCAACCCUCCCCUCCAUGAUGAAGUGCAUUGAGGAGAACAAUGGUGUGGAUAAGAGGAUCAGCAGGUUCAUCCUCCCCAUCGGGGCCACUGUGAACAUGGAUGGGGCAGCCAUCUUCCAGUGUGUGGCCGCGGUGUUCAUUGCCCAGCUCAACAACAUUGAGCUCAAAGCAGGACAGAUUUUCACGAUUCUAGUAACAGCCACAGCAUCCAGUGUCGGCGCAGCCGGCGUGCCAGCUGGAGGGGUCCUCACCAUCGCCAUUAUCCUGGAGGCCAUCGGGCUGCCCACUCAUGACCUUUCUCUGAUCCUGGCUGUGGACUGGAUUGUGGACCGCACCACCACCGUGGUGAACGUGGAAGGGGACGCGCUGGGUGCAGGCAUUCUCCACCACCUCAAUCAGAAGACCAUGAAGAAAGGGGAGCAGGAGCUGAGCGAAGUGAAGGUGGAGGCCGUCCCCAACUGCAAAUCGGAGGAGGAGACGUCGCCCCUGGUGACGCACCAGAACCCCGCUGGCUCCGCAGCCAGCGCCCCCGAACUGGAAUCCAAGGAGUCCGUUCUGUGAGGGGGCUGGAUCCGGGCUGGCCCCCCUGGGUGGUGGUGCCCCGCUGUGGGAGGGCGGCCAGCGGGCGUGGGCACUGUGCUCACCGACUUUUAGCCCUAAGCAAUGCUUUGGCCCAGUCACCUGUUCGAGGAUUGCGUCUCCGUGCUGGCAUUGGGCUUCCCGGCGGGACUGGUUACCGGAGACCAGGACGCUCUGCCAUAUGGCUUGAUUCAUG